AUGGCUUCUUCGUUAGAAAUCGAAUUGAAAAAUCUUUUUUAUCCUCUUACUUCGAUCGCAAUGGCGACUACUCUUCAACAACUAGAUCGUAAAAUAAAUAAGUUCGUUCCUCGUCGUAUCCAUCACAUCACACAUAUAUUAAAUCGUAUUUUCGAAACAAAAUUUUCAGUCGAGCAAAUACAAAUUCGUCUCGAGAAUUGGAAAGUGACUUGUCCGAUGUAUAAAGAUUAUAUUGGAGGAAAAUCUUGCGAAGAAAUUAAUAGACAAAUUAAAGACUAUUGUUCUACUCAAUACGAAAAUUGUUCAUCAUCCCUUCUUAACAGUUUCAUACCUUUACUUACUCACUGUAUUAAUCGUGAUUGUUCGAAGAAUGCAUUAAAUAAUCCAGUUGCUCAUCAUGACGUUACUAUUUUCUGUUCGGGUGAAAGACUAAAAAAAGGAACAGUUUAUUUUAAGAAAUGCUCGAAAUGUAGCUACAAGUAUUUCUACAACUAUUACCUCCGUCCGGAUGGUCAGAAGAUGUUAACUAUACGUCCUGAUGACGAAAUUUUUAUCGUUUUUUCGAAUUAUGGAUAUGAAAAACGUUUUCUCAUACAAAUUGACAGUGACAUUUUGUUUAAGCAUUCUGGUUUUUCGAACUGCGCUAAUGCUUUUAAUUAUCUAAAUUCCAAAUUUGAAAAAAAAGAAGGCGAGACUGUCAACCGCUUUCAUCUUCAGAAAACAUGGUUUCUUUGGCGUCUUGGUCAGUUUUGUCAAGGGGAAAAUUAUCGAAUGCCUGUUCCAGAUCAACAAGACUUUCAGGAAAUGCUUCUCGAAAUAUUACCGACUAUUAAACAAUUAUUUACCAGAAAAUGGGGUAAAAAAAACUAUCAUAUCUAUUGUAAAGGACCAUGUAGUGCUACUCUCGUACUCGAUGGACAUCAGAAAGCAACACGAAGAGUUUGCGCUGUCAAAAAUAUAUCUGUUCCUAGUAUCGAUGGAUCUAUUCGUGAUGUUAAAGUUGGAUGUUCGGCUACGCCCGCUUUUAAACAGAAAAAAUGUCGAGAACAUUUAUUAACGAAUGAUAGUGAUGAUAAUGAUAAACCAGAACAUAUAAACAUACAACUCCCUCGAAAACGUCAUUAUCUAAGACGAAAAAGAAAACACCAAAAUUCUCGAUUUCAUCUUCGCUGUAAGACACUAAAAUCGUUACAAUAUAAACGUAUCCUACAUCGUACAUCUGGUAUUAUAGCUGCAGCGUAUAAUUGUGGAUUUGUUUGUAGUGUAUACGAGUUAUUUGGGUGUGAAUCCGUCACGCAAGUUUGCAAUUUUCUUCUUUACAUGUAUCAAAAUAUAGAAAAUUUUCCUGAUAUUUUAAUUUACGACGAUGCGUGCCAUCUGAAGCUUUUCAUCGAAAACUCUAAUAAUUUUGUCAAAAUCACUCGUGCUAAGCAAAAGUUGGAUAAAUUGAAAAUUUUUUGUGACAAAUUACACUAUAGAAAUCAUGUAGAUCCAUGGUGCCGCAUCAAUACAAAUCCUUAUAAAGAUCCAGUUGCAAAUACCACUAAUACCGAAGUUUGUGAACAGAUAUUUGCUUGGUUAGCACAAUAUAAAAAUAUUGUUAGAGGUUUUAAUGAAUCAACAUUUUUAAUAUAUAUUUGCCUGUUGUGCGAUUUGUACAACAGUAACAAAUAUGAUAACCUACGAACUGAAUAUCUUUUAUCUCGUGCGCAAACAACUAAUAUUUCUUAG